AUGCAGCAGAUUAUGGCUAACAGGAUCUUACCCAGUGCUGUGAAGCAGUAUGCCGUAGGGACGGAGCCCGUACGAGAGGUGGCGAAGACAUUUAGUUCUGAAGGCUCGUCGUCGGAGGUCUCGUUCAUGCCCGGGCAAGCUGCUAUCUCAUCGACACCCGCGACGACUUCCCGGUUUCGGACGGUGCGUGAGAACUGCAGCUCGACGAGCCAGGAUUCGGACCCACUCCCUCGUGGUCUGCGUCUCUCGAGUCGCCACUUGUGA